ACCCGCUGAAUGUUAUACUUACCCUGAAAAAAUAGCUUAUUAAACAACUCAAAGGGGUAUCAUCUGACUAACUAAUAAUGAUAUAUAUACAUAACUGUAGCCUGUAGGCAUAAUCAGCCCUUAUAUUCCGCAGAAUAACACUAUCACAAUAUUGACAGCUUUCUGAGAUAGGCCUAUUUACGCCUUUCGUGCGCUAUAUCACCAGAAUCAUUGAUUAUAGAAAUGUAGAAUGCAGUGUUGAUCCUAGUGCAACAGAAAAGCAGUGGCGCAUGUGCAACGAACCGGUAUACAUGCCUGCCCAAAUUAGGUUUCGUAAUUAUACCUUAGUUGGUAAUAAUUUGUGCAUCAUGCGUGUAAGUUUACUUCCACGCAAUAGAAUAAAUAGGCGAUGAAACACUGUUUGCUAAACAAACUGAUAGCCGCACCAUUUCUUGUGUGCUAGGGUUCUUUACCACUAUCUUAUUCGAUUAGUUAAAAAAAGGUUCGCAAUUGAGAGUAGAGCUAGCGCAUGUAUCACAAGAUUAAGAUCAGCACUUGUUAAGGUAGCCUACCGUUAUAAGCUAUAAUGACUAUCGAAGAACCAUCAAAGUCAAGUGAAAGUGUAGUUUUUACACACGAGGUACCACGGAGGAAUUGUUUUGUCCGUCAACGAUACGUACUUGCCGCCCUUGGUUUUAUGGGCUACUUUUUGAUCGGUUGUUUACGAAACUGUAUAAACGUCACAGUUUUGUCGAUGGUGCGCUGGAACAAUACAGAGAACAAUGUCACAGAUGCGGUGAAUUCGACUGUCGGGAAAUCGGAAGGUUUUGAUUGGAGCAGCGACCAAGAAGGACUGUUUCUUGGUUCCUACUUUUACGGCUAUAUUUGCACUAGCAUUUUGGGCGGGUGGCUCGGAAAUAAGUUCGGCUUCCCGAUAGUUUUCGGGUUACCAGUAUUUAUUUCUGCCCUUUUAAGCAUUGCGACUCCUAUCGCAGCUUACACUGGCUUUCCCCUCGUUAUAGCUUGCCGAGUACUUAUCGGCUUCACACAGGGAGCUGCAGUCCCUGCUUAUCAAUGUUGCUGGAGCUCUUGGGCGCCACCCCUCGAGCGUAGUAUAUUAAAUUCUAUCGCUCUAUCCGGAGUUCCAUUCGGAAUUGGAUUCGUUUAUCCCUUUGCUGGGUAUGUCUCUGAAACCCUGGGCUGGGAAGCUGUAUUUUAUAUACUAGGCGGUGUCACAAUUGGUUGGUCAGUGGUUUGGAUAAUAAUCGUCUCUGAUUCACCACGCACGAACAGAUGUAUAACUGCAGCAGAAGUUGCUUACAUAGAAAAUAGCAUCGGUUUUACUCUUAAGGACAUGCAAUCCCAAAACGUGCCUUGGGGAGCAAUAAUGAAAUCACGCAGUGUGUGGGCAAUAUUUGUUGCCCAUUUCUGCGACAAUUGGAGUGGCUACACUUUCAAUGCUAUUUUGCCAACUUUCAUGUCUAAGAUAUUUAAUUUCAAUGUGUUUAAGAGUGGAGCCGUAAUGACAGCUCCGUACAUAGCUCAGUUUGGUGUAAGCAUUCUUGCAGGUUACAUAACCGACGCUGCUCGAAAACGGAAAUGGAUAAGUACUUCUGCAGCUCGCAAAGUAAACACGAUCAUUGCACUCAGUUUCCUGAAUAUCUUUAUGAUAACUGCAUGCUACUGUGCCACUGAUAGUACGACCGCUGUGGUUCUCUUUGGUGUUGGGGUGGCUCUCAGGGGGUGUAUAUUCUCGGCACACCUAUCAAGUCUGGUAGACAUCGCACCUAUGUACUCUGGAGUGAUUUUUGGAAUAUCAAACACCAUUUCCUCUAUACCCGGCUUUCUCGGGCCUCUCACAGCUGGUUUAGUUAUCACAGAUAAGACAUCUAUCAGCCAAUGGCAAACUAUGUUCUGGAUAAACGGAGCGUUCGGUUUCUUCGGUUCGAUUUUCUUUUUCUUCUUUGGUUCUGGAGUGGAGCGGAACUGGGCGAAAAUGAAAGUUUCCGAAGAAGAAACGGAAAUAAAAUUGAAACAAAAAAGCGCUCACAGUGAUGAUGAAUGCUAAUGUAGGAGUUAUGAGUAUUUGUUGUGCAGAAAUGUGUUUGACAAACUACGUCUUUCUCAACCGACGGUCGGAAAUCAAAAGAGUGUUUCAAUAUCUUUCUUUGCCAAUUGUAAUGUAUUUUACUGCUUCCACCGAGGUGCGGGUGGGUAAUUUUUUCCUCAAAGCGUGCUAAUUAAGUUAAAUUUUGAGUAAAUUAAAUUAUGUUGUGUUUGAAUUUCGCGGCCAUAAAGGGCAUUGAAAUAAAUAUAAAUAAGACGCUAUAA